AUGCCUACCUCUACUCUAUGGCGCCGUUCGGAAGACCUCGCGAGACUUCGAGCUAUCAGCCCAAUACGUCCGUCGGCCGAAUUGAUUGAACGGCUGUCUCCAGAGCCAACCCUCGAGGCCUCCGCCCCCCUCGAACCUUCACUCCUCUCACACACCUUUCAGGAAAACGGUAACUCUUUGAGCGGAUUAGGUCUCUCCCAUGCUGGACUAUCAGAGAGUGUCCCAGUGACAGUGCAACCAGACCAUUUGUUCUACGCCCAAGAUGGUUCCGCGCAUGUCGGAGCUCGGCUGGUGGGUGGCGCGGCUCCGCAAAACAGGCGUUGGUUACAAGAUUCGCGAGACUGGUCGUCUAGAAACUCCAAAUUCUCCCAUGAUGCUCGAAAUCCUCGAGGCAAAGGUCAUACCCGAUCCGGAUCUACCAUUGAUGACCUUGCCAGUGCCGCCAUUGCCCACAGCCCUGAUUUGGUCCAUGCCAGUCCCACCGCCCUCUCAAAAGCGAGUCCGUAUCCCGCCGCUCGACCUUCCACGUCCUACAUCCACCGGUACGAGCAGAUUGAUGCCUCUGACGGUCCACCGACGAAACGAGUCAAGUCUGAGCGCAUCCCUAAUCUUGAGUGGUCGCCACGCGCAGACAGACCGAAGACAAGCGGCUACGAUACCAACACGGAUAUAACAUAUGAAGACGCGCUGCUGUUACUGGAGCUCAAGAACGAGGUCAAUUUCAAAGACGGGACACCCCAGAUACCUUCUGAUACACUCCAUGACCGGUCAUAUUCCUCACACACCACCCGACGGCAGUCGAACGGAUGGACUGCCAAAGCCGGUCAAGUUGCCCAACAUAAACAUGUGGAAGAUGGCCAGCCUGAGGAUUCUAGGAUGCAGGGAAUUCAUUUUGUGGCUGACGUCUCCCGGACUUCAUACUCGGACAUGUUGCCGCAGCGAAUCGAAACCUCGGCCGCCCAAAAUCUUGACGCGACGGACGAGCGAACCACCGCAGUCGAUCCCACCGCCACUUCUAGUCAGCAAGAGAUUAAGCAGGGGCCUGAAGCCAAUCCUCCAUCAAACGUUCCGACAAAGAAACAACGGAGGGUUAAGCCUGAAGUGCAAGCCGAGGUGUGCGCCGCGUGCCAGCGUCUCCAGGUGAACGCCGCCGAUGACGAAAAUUCUGUCAUGUUCUGGAUCAGUUGCGACGCAUGUAACCGUUGGUUCCAUGCAGAGUGCGCAGGCUUCAAAACCAAGGCCGAGGCAAGAAGCGUUGAUAAAUAUCUGUGCAAAGACUGUGAGCCAGUGCAUGGCAAAACAACCUAUGUGCGGAAGUCCUCCCGUCCACGAACUGCGAUAGAUUAUGCCGGGCUCCAUCAAGGUGUGGUCAAGUCCUCUGCGGAAACAUCAACCCAUCACUACAUUCAGCCUAUUAAGGAGGGGAAAAUUGCUCUUCUACCGGACGAUUUUGCUCGAGUGCGGCCAGAGCUACUGACCGCGCAAUUUAUGGAAAGCUUCGACGGCAUGAAACGACCUUUCGUGGUCCCGGCAUGUUGGAAUCCUCGGUUCGGUGUCAAACGCCCGUCUAGUGAAGCCCAUUCAGACAUGGACAAGAACGACGGCGCACCUCUGACUCUGAUUGACAGUACAGGAGCGCUUGUCGGCCCUGACAUUCUUGUCUCCAAUCAUGUUGAGGAGGAGGAAGUCAUAGAUUGCGACCAAGAUUUGCUGGACAUGGUGAUACCAAGGGACUUGACCGUGCGGAAAGUUGCAGAGCUUUAUGGACCAGAUGAACAUGUUCCGGUCAUUGACGUCAAGUCUCAAGAGACAAAGGGCCAGUUCACCUUACAGCAAUGGGCAGACUACUAUGAGCUUGCAGGUGAGAAACCAAUACUGAACGUUAUAAGCUUGGAAGUCUCCCAGAGCCCUCUCGGAAAACUCAUUCGACGACCUAAAGUGGUUCGAGACCUUGAUCUUGAAGAUCAUGUCUGGGACGGAGAUGCAGAGACUCGAACAAAGAAAAGGCCAGUACAAUUCUAUUGUCUCAUGUCUGUAGCCGACAGCUACACGGACUUCCACAUCGAUUUUGGCGGCUCGUCUGUCUACUACCAUAUCCUUAGAGGCACCAAGACCUUUUUCUUCAUUCCUCCAGAGGAUAAAUACCUCAAGAAAUACGAAGAUUGGUGCAACUCUGAUACACAGAACGAGACAUGGCUUGGAGAUUUGUGCGGUGGUAACUGUACCAGAGUCGACCUGCAUGAAGGAGACACAGCUUUCAUUCCUGCUGGGUGGAUCCAUUCUGUUUGGACGCCAGAGGACAGCUUGGUCAUCGGGGGCAACUUUCUCACCCGCCUUGACUAUGAACUGCAGCUGAAGGUUGCCAACAUCGAGAAAGUGACCAAAGUAGCGCCAAAAUUUCGGUAUCCUUAUUUUCAAAAGGUCAUGUGGUAUUCACUGAUCAAAUACUUGGAAGAUGACCCAGUUCCAGAUGAAGUACUGAACGACUUCCGCGAUGAUCCUGACUAUGUGUUUCUGCGGGCGAAUCCUGUUUGGCACGAAUUUGACGACCUAGAAAGUGUCGCAGAGCCAGGAGAAUCGGCUUUCAAUGCCAGGUAUUACCCGAAGUCAGAGGUAUCUGGAUGGCCAUCACUCAGGGACUACUUGUACCGAACCGCCAGGAUUGACGCUGGGUUGCCAGUGGCAGACAUCACCAAAAAGCAGAUCGAUGCAGUCAAAGCGUCCAUCCCGAAAGGACAUGGUGAUCCUCUCACGAUGAUCAAAUUGUUUGCUAUAUGGUGUGCCUGGAAGACUGGCAAUAUUCCAGUACCCGAAUGGGUGCACUCUGAUGGCGCUCUAGAAUCAGAAAAGACGGAGAAGGCGAAAAGACCUGAGGUUUUCCGAAUGCCGGGAGAAAGGAGUUCAACGCGAAAGGCUGCACAAUCUCUGGCUCAAGUGCAGGCGCCCCAGCCAGAAGUCAGUAUUCCCAUCCCAGCGAAGCAGAACGUCAAAUCCGGUUCCGGUUCCAAGGGGAGUGGAUUGAGAGUAGCUUGUGAACCAUGCCGAAAACGACGAAUCAAGUGUCGACAUAAAUCAGGCAGUGAAACACCCACCAGGCCUGCACCAGUAAUCAGACCACGAAGCUUUUCCAAUGCUGACAACACCUCGAACUCAGCCAUUCCUCAGAAUGGGCCGAAUGGUGAGCAGUUGACGCCCUCAGGAGCACGGUUAUCAGAACCUGUUGGCAUUCACUCGGAAGCGGCGCAUGCGCUCUCUGCAAACACUGAUCAACCGUCAUCUUCGAAGAAGAGCCGGACCAAGGCAUGUGAAGAAUGCCGAAAAAGCAAGCGUCGAUGCGUACACGAUGAGCAUGGCCGCAUCGAUCCGGCAAAGGCAGCGGAGCCAUCCAAGCCUCGUGGAUCGACAAGUUCGAGGCAUCCGGCCCGCUUAAGUGAUGGAAGCGUGCAGAAUAAGCAAUGGCGCUUGGAUGGCGACUUGCUGGACGACUUGAUCGACCCCGCCUUGACGAACGGCAAUACCUUUGAAAUGGCAAACGAAGAGGUUGAAGAUGAAUCCCUUACUCCAGCGCCUUUAAAUGGGAUAGAAAUAGAUGGGAACAUGGCCAGUCUCGACACGAUUAUGGUCGAUCCCGCUCUGGACGCAAUGACAGCUGCUUCGAUCGAAGUGAUCAAGACGGAGGUCGAUCUCGCCGAAAACCAUUCUCUAAAAAAUGCUGCAGACGAGACCUCGCCCGGUCUAAAGAGCAACAUUAGGGUUUCCACUCCAGCGACGGUCAAAAACCGACGUUCAGUGAACGGAGACUUCUCCGGGGAACCUGACACUAUUCCUCUGUCGAGACACUCUCCCCGUCAAGCCAAGCAGAUGGAGCGAUUCACACCAGAAGACAAGAGAUCGCCGUGCAAACCCCCUCCGAAGCCUCAGAGAAUGGAUCGUCGAGCUUCGAGCGCCGCCAGUGCACAGACAGUGGUGACGAGCGUCAAAAGCCGAAGAUCGUCGAGUAAUACGUCUGGGACAAUCCAUCAAAUGGCAAGCAACAUGGUCAGAGUAAGUCCGUCUCGGGAAGGCUCGGUCAGGCCAGUGAGUAGAGGCAGUACAGGAGGAGAGAGCGAAAUGGAUGCAGACGAGAGGUUUGCGAGAGAGCUCCAAGCAGCAGAAAACGGAUUGAGGCGACGGACAAGCAUGAGGGCAUAG